UCAUCAUGGCAUUGUCAUGUUUGUUGUUCUUUCAAUACCAGCAGAAAGUUAGAUAGUAACAUUAGAACAAGAAAUAUAAAAUAUUUAUGGUUUUUAUACUAUACCAUAAGCUGUAGUGGAUAUUUUGAAAUACUUGUAACACAUCCAGUGAUAUAAUCUGUCAAAAUUCCUGUUAAAAAAUGAUAGAGUGGGAAGAUCUCCGUAAACAAGCGAGGAAACUAGAAAAUGAAAUAGAUCUGAAGCUGGUUUCAUUCAGCAAACUUGGUACAGGGACAGUUAACACUUACAAGAACAAUGAAAGUGAUAUGGAGCCUCUACUGUCAACAGAACAUGUGUUCGAUUCGGUAGCAGUUGAAAUAGAGCAACUCUUAUCUAAGUUAGCAGCAGUUAAUGAAAAGUUAGGAGAAAUAGCAUCAAGUGAGCAGGCAAGUGGGGGAGGAGCUGCAAUGCUUCAUACACUGCAGCGCCAUCGUGAUAUCCUUCAGGAUUACACACAGGAAUUCCGCAAGACACAACAGAACUACCGAGCACGUAGGGAGAGAGAAAACCUACUUCACAGUGUCAAGAAAGAUAUUGAUUCUUACAAAAAUUCAAGCGGGCUCAAUCGGCGAAUGGAUUUAUACAUGAAGGAAAAUAAACACAUAAGGAAUUCAGAACGCAUGGUGGAUGACCAAAUCUCUAUCGCAGUGGAGACAAGGGAACACCUCGUCUCGCAACGACUCAGUAUGAAACGGAUACAGACUCGCAUUCACGACUUGGGGAGUCGCUUCCCUGUCGUCAACAGUCUUGUACAGAGGAUAAAUUUGCGCAAACGUCGAGACUCUCUCAUCAUUGGUCUAGUAGUUGGCAUUUGCACAUUCCUUAUGCUGCUAUAUCUUUUCCACUAGACUUGUUGUUAAUUAUGUCUCCUCUGAAAUCACACUGGGUAUUUAUCAAACAAAUAUAACAUUUUUCGGGAGUUUAAGAAACAAAAUAAAUGACCAUUUUGGAAAAUAAUGAUUUCUAUUGUAGUAACAAUUUUCAAGAUAUUUUACCUUUUUACCUACAACUCUGACCUGCAAGGGAUUCCCACUAUAAAUUGACAAUAUUGGUACUUUUUCUGAAAAAAAUUGAUUCUUUUAUGUUGACAGUUUAAGGUCAUCCCUCAUUUCUUGGAAUGUCACACCUCAAAAAUGUUUAAUGUCAUAAUCUUCCACUAUACCCUUCAAUCCAAUCUUAAGAUAGCAUUUCUUUAAUAUAGAGCUAUUAUUGAUUUGAUCGAGACUUUUCACACAUUACAAUAGAUUGUCACAUUAAUUAAACAGUCUUAACAUCUAAAUAAUUAUUGUGACGCUAAGAUAUACAAUUUAUCAGCUUUAAAAAUUAGUCAAAGACAAUUCUAAGCAUCUUUCUGUCCUGUUGAUGUAGCGGGCAGUGAUUUUUGAUGUGUACUACUUAAUAUACUUGCUAUUUAACCAGCCUUAAAACUAUUUAAUUAAAUGUAAUAUUUUAUUUUUUUAUUGUUUUUUCGAAUUGUAACAAAAAAAUAAAACACAAUUUCAUCCACCCUAAAAUGAUAUAAAAUAUCUAGUCAACAUGAGUUCAUUUAAAAGUUACGGACAUCAGACACUCACUCGUAAAACAGGCUUCAGAUUUAACAAUAGCAUGAAAAGUCAAUGAUAUAAAUUACGUAAACGUUACCACAUGUUACAAUUUAGUAUGUAGUUUCAUUCUAAAAAGUUACAUAUGAGUUUUGUUAGAUAAGUUUUUUCAAAUAUGUAUAAAAAGUAUACCUAUUUUCAAAAACUUAUUCCCAAUGUGUUUUUUUAUUUUUUAAAUCAUUAGUUGGAUUGAAGUGGGGAUGAUGCCUUUUGAUAAUUUAUUAGUGUAGAUUGUUUUUAAUUUAUCUUUUUAUGUACCAUAACUAAGUUUUGUGCUGUUUAGACUGAGAUUAAUGGUGUCAGAAGAGCCUAAAUGUUUAAAUAUGUGUAUAUAAUAAAUUAGUAAAAAAUAUUAUAAUCUUAUAUGUUACGAAUAAAAGUUUCUAUGUUUUUGAAA